AAUUUAAUAAUUUAUAAUAAUAUACUAUUUAUCUUUAAUUUGUUUAAUUUAAUUGAUAGAGAAUGUGCUAGCCGGUACUGAUAGCGCCAUCUAAAAAUAUAGGAAACAUAAUUGAAAUUCUUAUUGUAAUAGUCACAACGCCAACAAUGGCGGAGUGGUUUCAAAUAAAAGUUGAUCGCCUCAUUAAAGUUAAUAAUAAUGAAGAAAAGAAAGAUAUUUUGACUGAAAUCAAAAUAAAAUUGGGAAGUUAUAAUCAUGCAGAAAUUGAAGCCAUUGCACGAAGUUUGGAUGCUAGUUCUUUAUUUCUUCUCUUUUCGUCUAACGACAGAGAAGUCACAGAACAAAUAUGUAUAAUAUUCAAAACUUUAUUUGAAGUAUUGGAACCAGGGGAAAUUUAUCAAAAAUAUCCAGCAAGAGUAUAUGAAUUAAUAUCUCAUUCUGAUGUAUCAGUUAGAUCUCUUAUAUUGAAGGAGCUAUUGUCUACUGCUUCUAAUCAACAAACGCAGCUUUUAUUACUUGCAGAUGUUAAUUUAAUAGUUGCAGUUAUAAAGAGAAUAAGUGAUGAAGAUUUGACCGUUGCCACAUCAGCAAUGUGUAUCAUAAAAGAAAUUGGAAAGGAUAUGAAUGGUUUGAAAAUUUUAUAUCACGGUGAACCUUUAAGAACAUUUGCCAAAUUGGUCGUUAAAAACGAUAAUGUAAGCUUCCGGAUUUAUGAUGUUAUAAUAAACAUAGCCAAAAAUUCCAAGGAAGCUCUGGAAGCAACGAUACAAUCAGGAUUUUUGAACAGUCUUAUCAAUAUUUUGCAAGAUGAUGAUAUAUUAUUACAAAUGAAUGCUUUGGAAACUUUGACAGAAUUAGCUUUGACAGAAGAAGGCUUGAAUUAUUUGGAACAGCAAGAUGUUUUGACAGGACUUGUUCAGAAAAUUGCACAAGCUAAUGAAAAUCCCUUGUCAAGUUUAUUAAUUCCUGGCCUUAUGAAAUUCUUUGGAAAUGUUGCAAGAUUGUGGCCAAAUGAAAUAUUCUCGAAAUAUCCAAUUGUAGUCUCUUCAUUAUUUGAAGUACUUGACAAUGAUAAUCAUAUUAUUUUAAAUGUUGCAUUAGAUACGCUGGGUCAUGUUGCAUCAAGUGUUGAAGGAAAAUACGCAUUACAAGAAUUGGGAGAUUCUAUGCUAUAUGCUCUGAAGAAAAUUGCAGAAAUUAUUCAAAGAAUGCCAACAGAGUUAAGAAUCUCCAGUAUGAAUAAUCUCACUCUCAUUCUUAAUGUACAGAAGAUUGAACAAGAUAAUAGAAUUUUAUCUUUGACAAAGUCAUGGUUCGAUGCUCUUUGUGAUGAUCCAUUAGGAUUAAUAGUUGGACUGUCUAAGCAGCCAUUUGCUGACAUCAGGUCUGCCAGCUUAGAGGUUCUAGCAGUUGUGGCAUCUCAAGCAUGGGGUCAAGAGUAUAUAUCUACUUAUCCAGGUUUAAUAGAGUUUCUUCUUGACAGAAACAUUGAAAGCUUCAAAGAGUGCAAGGAAAUUAAAUACAAAGUUGUUAAAUGUUUGUCUGAAGCAGAAUCAUAUAUAUUUGAUGCAAAUACCAUGCAAAAAUUUAAACAGUUUGUUAAUGAAGGUCCAUUCUAUGUUGAAACAAAUACAGAAAUUGCAUUUGAAAGUGCUACAUAAAUACAGAAGUUGCAUUUGAAAGUGAUAAUGUUAUUUGGUAUUAUGGACAUUGUUAAGAAGUACAAGUUGUAUUGGUAAAUAUAAUAAUUCAUAAUAAUUCAUGUAAAACAUAUAGUUUGUUUUUUUUUUUGGGAGAGGAAGGACGGUAUAUUCUUUUAUAAUAUUACUUUUAUAAUAUAUGUAUUUAAAUAAGAAAGUGAAAUAAUUUAUUUUAUAAUUAAUAAUACAUAUAAAAUUUAAGAAAACACAUUUGAAACAAUAGAAAUGUGUAUAAUACUUUAGUCAACAUAUAUAUGACAUGACAUACCAGUAUUGUCUUUCACACAGUUUACAGAUCUUAUAAAGAAAAUGUAAAUAAUGUUAUAUAAAUAUGUGUAUAAAGAUUACACAGUGAUUAAAUAAGUUUUAGUCUUA